AUCACCCCUCCUGUGCCUCUCACUUGACGUUUCCCAUCAGUUUUAACAGCUGUUUACGUUGUCUUAACUCAUCUUUGAGUCUCAAAUGCGUUGAAUAAGUUGAGUUAUACGUCCUUGUUUUUUAAUAUAAAUUCGGUAAUCAUAUUACGACUCAUUUUACACCACCAGUGUUUGUCAAAUCUUCAGUUAGUGAUCAGUAUCCUUUGUCUGAGCAACUGACAGUUCUUGGUAAUCUUUAUGUGAAUGUGCUGAUUUUACACUAAUCACAUCCCUACUUGUGUUAAAACAUAGUGCUUUGUUGUUGGUGAUAGUUGAAAAUCAACAGUCUCUGAAAUAACUAUCAAUUCGUCAGAUUUUUUUUAUUAUUACAAACAGGCAUUGCUACUGAACCAUGUAAUACCGCUGCUUCUUGUGAAUAUAAAAUUUCUUUGUAGUUAUCAGAAAUAGAACUCAAUCUAGGAUCCUAGGCUUUACCAUUGGCUCAGUAUAGAAAAAAUUGGCAUACGUUUUAACGAACUCUAGGCUCGAAGUGUACUUCAGUUUUUUUCCAAACUUAUCACGCAAAGUUCCAAUAAGGAGCAUGUCGGUUUUGAAUCAAAGUGGAGAAGAUGCGGUUGAAUGUCCGCUAUGCAUGGAACCGUUGGAGGUGGACGAUCUGAACUUUUAUCCGUGCACAUGUGGUUACCAAAUUUGCCGUUUUUGCUGGCACAGAAUCCGUACUGAUGAAAAUGGUUUAUGUCCUGCUUGUCGGAAAGCAUAUCCUGAAAACCCUGCAGACUUUAAGCCUCUAACUAAGGAAGAAAUAGCAAGGUUGAAGGCGGAGAAAAGACUGAAAGACCAGCAGCGAAAACAACGCGUAACUGAGAACAGGAAACAUCUUGCAAACGUUCGGGUGGUGCAAAAAAAUCUUGUUUUUGUUGUUGGUUUGCCAAUGCGGCUGGCAGAUGCUGACGUUCUUAAGCGACACGAGUACUUUGGGAAGUUUGGGAAGAUUCACAAAGUUGUAAUAAAUCAAAGUACCUCUUAUGCAGGGUCUCAGGGUCCUAGUGCAUCGGCGUAUGUUACGUAUCAACGACAAGAAGAUGCGUUGCGUGCUAUAGAAGCAGUAAAUAAUAUAGUAGUUGAUGGGCGGACGGUCAAAACGUCACUAGGGACCACAAAGUACUGUUCGCAUUUCAUGCGUAAUCAGGCAUGUCCGAAACCAGAUUGUAUGUACCUUCAUGACUUUGGUGACCAGGAAGCCUCUUUUACAAAGGAAGAAAUGCAUCAAGGCAAACACCAGGAGUAUGAGCGUAAACUUGUACAGUCGUUACACGCCCAUGCAUCUGCAAUACAACGAAAACCAACGCCAUCGCCACCAGUGACAGGUAGCACAGUUCGCGAGAAUGGUACGGUGAAUACACAAACAAAAGAAGCAUGGCCUUCGUUACAACCUGGGCAGACAAAUAGCACACAAACAAAUAGUAAAGAACCAUCUCCACCUGUGCAUACGCCGGUGCAACAAUCUAAUGGCACAAACGGAAGUGUAAGCAUACAGCAAAAUCACCCAGCUGUCACGAUAAAUCAACAAAAUAACAACAACAAAGGCGAAGGAGGUCUGAGUCGUAGAGGAAAAAGUAAUAGUGAAAGUAAAGCACAGGCUGCACGCAACAAACACAAAAACUCACAGAAUAAAGAAAAACAUGGAGUACGGACAAGUUCUCGGUCUGAAUCAAAUUCAACAAAUGGUCAAACUAGUUUACAGACGCAGAGUAACAUGCAAAAGGAGUCUCUCGAUUCUUCGGUCGAUUCAGUUAGUGAAAAUACACAAAUGUCGAGCUGUAGGAGUAAAAUGGAUCAACACAAUACACAAAGUAAGGAUCAAAAUCCAUCGGAAUUCCAGAACGACGAACCAAAGAUUAAUGGUGUCUUUGAAAAUGGUGAAAGAAGUCAAUCUGAGAGCGAAAGUGAUCCUCCAAGGGAAGGCAGUACGCCAGCUAGUACCGUUUCAAGCACAGAAGAUUCUACAAAUCUCAAUGCAGGGUUAGUGGAUUCCGAAGAAAUUGGCAGUGUAGCUGUGUUAGGUACAUCACCAGCAAGCACGACUUCAUCUCAGGAUGGCUCACAGCAACUGCCCCCUGGUAUCCGUGUGCAUAAUGGCGGGUCGCAAAUACAACUGAAUCAUCGAUCCAUCUUUCAAACGGAUAACAACAGCUUUUUUAGUUCGAAUACAUUUCAGAAAGUAUCAUCUACUGUAUCUACGCCACCAACGUCACAAACCGGGAGCACAAAUUUAGAUUGGAUGAGUACGGGAUUGGUAUCGAUACCUGAUUCCCUACCUACUGUCCACUCUAGUGAAGAUUGGCAAGCUGCGUUUGGAUUUCAACCCGAACCUUCUCAGACAAAUCUCCCCACACAUAAGCCAAGCCCGUCUAGUUCACCAGGUGUCUCUUUCAAUCCCGAGGAAUUUAUUGAUGGAGAAGUCUUCACUAAUUCGAGAUAUGCUACUUUGGCUGAAAAUGCAACUGUAUUUGCUACAAAUUUUCUCACAGAUUCACCAGCAUCGAAGUUUAUGGCUGAUUUUCAACAAAAUUCGUUGAGACAGAGGCUUGUAAUGCAGGCGCAACAAAAUCAAGAAAAUUGUGAUUACAUAAAACAAAACGGUCAGACGUCGUUGGAUGACUUAAAUAAACAUCAUAGUGAAGUAAAUACAGAGAUAAAGGCUGAUGAUGAUUUGGGUUUCGAUCCUUUUCAUGAGACUCAAAAAGCAUUAGCAGAAUUGAUGGAAAAUGAAAUGCUGCAGCACCAGAGACUGUUUCAGCAACAGCAGCAACAACAACAACAGCUAAGAGAACGAGAAGAACAAAGCAGAGUGCAACAACAAAGCCUUGUGAGCUUAGGCCAACAACACUUCCCCCAGGUGGCACACAUUGCUCAUUUGCAACAACAAGCACAACAUAUGCAGAACCUUCAAGCAUUGCAGCAAUCACAUUCCCUGUUAUCUCGACUUCCACCAAAUUUGUUACCGCCUAGCGGUACUCAAAGCCCUGCACCUACGGCAGCUACAUCAACCAAUCUUGGACAGCGCAGUCGUCUACCACCACCAGGCUUUCCAGGUUCGGCUCCAAAUCACAUGAACUCCUUUGGUUUGGGUAUACCGCGACCGGCUCCCACAAACAAUGUUCUUUCCGAGUUGCUUAUGUCUGCAGGUAGUAAGAUACUGCCAUUCAUGAGUCACUCAUCUGGGGUAUUGUUCACUGGUGCCCAAACUCCACAGCAAAAUACUUUUCUACCCAAUGGUGGCCCGCUACUUCGUUCACAAGGCGUUGGUAAAUGUGCCGGCGAUGCUGUGUAUAACUUAAAAGAUUGGUGCGAAGUGGGCAGUCCACAACAGCAAUACCACCAACAGCUUCUACACCAAAAGACAGGGUGGAAUAACAUCGGACCAAAUGCUGACUGGACUUCAAUUGAUCCAGCUAUUGUUAGCUCAUCUAGACCAGUUCCUUUCCAGGCGACAGCUACUUGGCAAUUCCCUCACGUUCAGUCUCCGCACACAUCAUCUCAUACAACACAACAGGAGCAGAACCAGCCCCAACACUGGGCAAUGCAACCACCACCAGGUUUUGCUGCGACAUCGUCUUCGGCGCCACACAAUGGUCAGCAACCAAGCUCAGGGACACAAUCGCAUUCUAAACUUAUUUCUGCUGGAUCUGAGAUUGAAAACUUGUAAACAUCAUGAAAACAGGCGGACAUACCAAUACCACGCGAUACACAGUGCAGGCAUCAGAGUGUAA